GACGUGAACGUGUCAAACGUGCCGCCGACACUAAAGAUAUCUCAACACUUGAAUGAUCAUCAAGGUUCGCACAUCACACGACAUACGCACAAUGCAUUCCCGUUUGUGUCUUGCGAAUGUGUAGCUCACGUAAACUAUUUAGAGGAAAGUAAAACGACUGAUUUGAGAGUUUGGAAAGGUCGUAGCGACGAGCCAGGAAGUCGUCAUCCUCCCCCCCGCAAACCACUUCCUUCUUCCGCAAACAAGUCCGCGCGGCCCGCCCCCCUUCGGUCGAUGGCUUGAGCAAGGCGAAGCUUCCAAGUGUCCACCUUUGCUUUCAUUUCUCGUCAUUGAUGUCUCACUGACCGUUGUCAUGGCGGCCAACAGCCGCUGCCCCGCGGCCGAGGAUCCUCCGGGCCUGGAGACGCAGCGGCGGGAGGUCGAGUGUCUACUCCGGGACUGCGAGCUACGCGCCGGGGACAGUUGGUUCAUGGUGGAACAUCGCUGGUACGAACAGUGGAAGGAAUUUGUGGAAAGCGGAGACCAGAACUCGACGUGUCCCGGUCAAAUCGACAACGGCGAGCUGUUUGAGGAUGUGGACUCGUACCACCUGAAAGAGCGUCUGGUGGAGAACGAGGACUUUGUCCUAGUGCCCGCCGAGGCCUGGCACAAGCUCCUGUCCUGGUAUGGGAUCGUGGACCAACAGCCGCCGCUGGAACGAAAGGUGGUGGACCUGCCCAGCACGCUCAAGGUGGAAGUUUACCCAGUGGAGCUCUUCCUCUGUCUCCACGGCAACAUGGAGAACGUCACCACGGCGCACUUUAGCCGCACCGACAGCAUACAGUCGAUCCAGUCGGCCAUGUGUCGGGCCUUCUCGCUGCCCUCGACGUGCGAGUGUCGCCUCUGGAUGAAAAGUUCAGACAACAACUGUGAACGUCUCCGCAACGUCCACGUGAGCGUGCUGGACGCCUGCCUGAGCUCCGGCAUGACUGUGAUUAUGGAGACGAGGAAUGCUGACGGCACUUGGCCGAGCACCAGACCUUUAAUUCUGAGGAACUCUCCGGAGGAGCAAGACUCGUAUCGAGGUCAGCCCGGCGUCUGCGGCCUCACCAACCUCGGCAACACCUGCUUCAUGAACUCCGCUCUGCAGUGCCUGAGCAACACCCCCCCGUUGACCGAGUACUUCCUGCAGAGCUCCUACCUGGAGGAGCUCAACUUCUCCAACCCGCUGGGCAUGAAGGGCGAGAUCGCCGAGGCCUACGCCGACGUCAUCAAGCAGAUGUGGUCGGGCCACCACUACUCGGUGGUGCCGCGCGUCUUCAAGACGAAGGUGGGCCACUUUGCUUCUCAGUUUCUGGGCUACCAGCAGCACGACAGUCAGGAGCUGCUCUCCUUCCUGCUGGACGGGCUGCAUGAGGACCUGAACCGAGUCAAGAAUAAAGAAUACAUCGAGCUGCGGGAUGCCGAAGGACGCCCGGACCAGGAAGUGGCCGAGGAGGCGUGGCGGAACCACAGACGGCGCAACGACUCUGUGAUCGUCGACACCUUCCACGGCCUCUUCAAGUCCACGCUGAUUUGCCCCCAGUGCCGCAAGGUGUCCGUCACCUUUGACCCCUUCUGCUACCUCAGCAUUCCGCUCCCCGUCAGCAAGGAGCGCGUCAUGGAGGUCUUCUUCAUCUCGCUCGACCCGUACGCCAAACCCAUGCAGCAUCGCGUGGUGGUCGCCAAGGCGGGAAAAGUGUCGGACCUCUGCUCGGCUUUGUCCCAGUCAACCGGUGUUCCAGAAACUCAGAUGGUGGUCGCUGACGUGUUCAAACAUCGCUUCUACAAAAUCUACACGCCAGACGAAUCGCUGAACUGCAUCCUGGACCGGGACGACAUCUUUGUGUACCAGUGCGACGUGCAGAGCGAGCAGCAGACACUUGUGGCGCUCUACCUUCGGGAGCGCUCCCACUACCGAGACUACGGCUCAGUCAGCACGGCGCUCUUCGGCCACCCGCUGCUGCUCAGCGUGCCGCGCGGCAGCUGCACGCAGGAGGCGCUCUACCCCAUUUUCCUGGAGCGACUGGCGCGCUACGUGCGGGUGCCCAAAGCCUCCGAGGAGCUGGAGGAAGAUGACGACCAAGACGAGCUCUAUAAAAGCCAGACCACCAACGGCGUCAGCGACGACGACGAGCAAGAGGAUGCGGAACGAGCGGGAUGCUCGCAGUCGGGGGCGCGCUCCCCCGACGGGUCGGCAAACGGCCGCCAGCGCGACCCCGCCGUUCCCUCGGAGGGCCACGCUCGGGCCCCGCCCCCUCCGGAGGAGGGCGACGUCCACAACGCGUGCGCCGGUGUCGCCAAGCCCCCCUGCAGCGGCGACGCCGGCCCCAACGACGGCCACAUCCACGCCCGCGGCGAAGAGAGCCGGACCGAAGUGGGCGAGGAGGAGAAUGAGGAGGAGGAGGAAGAGGAGGAGGCGGGACCGGCACCGCUACGUGACGCCGCCGCCCACGACGACGACGAUGACGACAAGCGGGAGGAGGCGUGUUCGCCCAGCGCGCCGGCCAACCAGUCAGCGGCCAAGACGAGGGCGUGUCGCAGGAAGAAGCGUCUGUUUGACAUCCAGGCGGUCAACUGCAACGGCCUGGAGCGCGAAAUGGGCCCCGACAUGACCCUCAGCUCGCAGCCGUACGUGGCGCUGGACUGGGAUGCCGAAACCAAGAAAAGAUUCUACAAUGAAAAUGAGGCAGAGAAGUACAUGAAACACGGCAGCAUGGACGUUCCCCUGCAGCAGAGCACCGUGCAGCUGCAGGAGUGCAUCCAGCUCUUCACCACCGUGGAAACGCUGGAGGAGGAGAACCCAUGGUACUGUCCCGUGUGUAAGAAGCACCAGCUGGCCACCAAGAAACUGGAUUUGUGGUCUCUGCCGGAGGUCCUCAUCAUCCACCUCAAGAGGUUCUCUUACACCAAGUUCACCAGAGAGAAGCUGGACACCAUUGUGGACUUUCCCCUCAGGGAUCUGGACUUCUCGGGUUGUCUCCUGAGGAAGACGACGUCCGACGGGGAGCCUCCGAGCCGCUACGACCUCAUCGCCGUGUCCAACCACUACGGGGGACUCCGCGACGGACACUACACCAGCUAUGCACGCAACAAGGACAGCGCUCAGUGGUACUACUUUGACGACAGCAAAGUGACGUACGCCACAGAGGAGCAGAUCAUGACCAACGCGGCCUACGUGCUCUUCUACCAUCGGCAAGACAAGAUGAGGAAACCGCGCGUGGCCGCGCCCCCGACGAGCUCGCCCGCCGCCGCCGCCGCCUCGCAGACGGACGUCGCCGCCGUGACGCUGCCGUGCGCCUCCGCCCUCGCCGAGCUCACCAUGGAGACGGACUGAGCAAGAAACGGACGGCUUUGGCGGCUCGACAAUUAUGAGUAGUGGCUUUCUUUCUUUCUUUUUUUUAAACAUUGCAGUGACAACAGUUGCCCAGUUCGCAAGCUAUGAUUCAACGCCGACUGUCAUUGGCCAAAAACAACCAUGAUCAUGGAACCACUUUGAGGGGCCAAAUUGAUUGGCAGAGACGAAAUUUAUGAAUUCACAUACGCGAUGGAUUGGGUGACGAUAACGCAACGCGGAAUUCCGAGACACCGCGUACUCGUCGGAUGAAGAAAAAUCGACCAAUUCGGACGCUCGCUUGACUGGACCGAGAGAAAUCGACAAAUUCAAAGAUGGGCAAAUGAAGCUUCAUUUUGCAUCGUGAAGCAGUUGUUGUAUUUUUGACUCCUGUAGAUGGCACUGUUGGUUGAAAUAAAGAUGAGCGCGAGGGAGGGCGUCUGCUUUCAGCCCAAUGUUGGAACAGAGGGGGUGCCAUCUGGAAGAGUCCCAAAAAAAAUCCACCUUUGAAGCGUCAUUUUCCCAUCGCUGGAUGGAAGUCUCUGAAUUGAAAGAGACUCAUCCAAUCAGAUCGUCUUGAGAGACCCAUCUGGACAAUGAAAAUCUCAUUCCAGUCGGACUGACGGACACUUUCUUCAGCCACUCAAGUUUCUGAAUUCAUGGCUUUCCCUCAUCAAAUUUGAUUGGACAAAAACAAAAGGAAAAAAAAUGACGUCGGCGAUUGAUUGGACAGGACGGAGGCAUUGUAUGAAUUUGAACCAAAUUUGCCGCUCGACCGCUUUGAUUUUGUCAAUCAUGAUUGGUCUCCUUUCAUGUUUCCAUUGCCACAUUCGUACAUGUUGACUUGAGGAUUUUGUUCUUUUGUAUAUUUUGCUUGUACUAUUUAUUGGGUGACCCGGAGAGGCCACGGAGGCGCUUCUUUACCCCCCCCCCUACCCCCCCAAAAAAAUGUUUUGAUUGACAGCCGUGAUGCUGUACAGUAUUUUUCUAACAGAGCUUCUUUUUAUGGAAACUGGUCAGGCUUUCUCUGGUCUUCCUGUUUUGUCAGAAAUGCGAAGAUUUUAUAAGACUUUUGAAAUAAAAUGACACCCACGUCA